CGCGGCGCGCCGGCGGAGGGGAAGGACCCCGUCGCGUCCGCGUCCCCUCGGGUCCUUGAGCCGGAGCCGGAGCCGGAGGAGCGCCCAGCUAUGGCCUUGAGGCUCCUGAGGCUGGUCCCGGUGCGGGCGCCGGCGCGCGGGCCCGCGGCUCGCCUCCAGCGCGUGGGACAGAUUCAUACCAGCGUGCAGUGCAAGCUGCGGUAUGGACAUUUGGCCUUCUUACUUGGUGACAAGACAAGCAAAAAACUGACAGAAUACAGCAGGGUGAUCACUGUGGACGGCAACAUAUGCUCGGGGAAAGGCAAGCUUGCGAAGGACAUCGCAGACAUCCUGGGGAUGAAGCACUUCCCCGAAGCAGGGGUACAUUAUUUGGACCACACCACAGGGGACGGAAAGCCCCUAGACACGGAAAUGACCGGCAGCUGUAGCCUGGAGAAAUUUUAUGAUGACCCGAGAAGCACUGAUGGCAACAGCUACCGUCUGCAGUCCUGGCUGUACACCAACCGCCUCCUGCAGUACGCAGACGCCCUGGAGCACCUGUUGAGCACAGGACAAGGUGUAGUCUUAGAGCGCUCCAUCUACAGCGACUUUGUCUUCCUGGAGGCGAUGUACAAGCAGGGUUUCAUCAGAAAGGAGUGUGUGGACCACUACUAUGAGGUGAAAAACCUCACCAUGCGCGAGUACCUCCCUCCCCACCUGGUGAUCUACAUCGACGUGCCUGUGCCAGAGAUCCAGAGGCGGAUCCAGGAGAAGGGGGAUCCCCAUGAAAUGAAGAUCACCACUGCCUAUCUCCAGGACAUCGAGAACGCCUAUAAGAACACCUUUCUCCCGGAGAUGAGUGGGAAAUGUGAGGUUUUACAGUACAGCACAAGGGAAGUUGAAAGCGCACAGAAGGUGGUAAAUGACAUUGAAUACCUCAACUAUGACAAAGGCCCUUGGCUGGAGAUGGAUAACCUCGCCUUCCACAAUCUGCGGAUGCUGGUCCAGAAUAAGUGGGAGGUGGUAAAGUACUCAGCCAUCCCUGUCUAUCUCCCGGAAACUACAAUUGGGGCAUAUCAGAGUGCCAGGAUCUUCCAGAAAUUCAAAGAGCUGCCAGGCCGCAGGUAUGCACCUGGGUACAACGCCGAAGUGGGCGACAAGUGGAUCUGGCUGAAGUGAGCGGGCCUCGCUCUGAUGUGCCUGGCACAGCCCACGGAGCCUCACAGCAAGGGGGCAGAGCCAGAGCACCGCACACGCAUGGCUACCCGUGUACAGCUGGCGGGAUGAAAAGAGCCUACUUCUGCCUAGGCUUUGGAACCCUCUACCUUUGUUCUGGAAAAUUCCCUGAAUUGUCAGUGGAAAAGAGAAUUGUGCUGUAAAGGCCUGCUCUCCCAAGGCUGUCACCUCAGAGCUGCUGUGUCACACAAUUCAAGAAAUAAAGUUAUCUCUGGAAAUUCUGUA